AUGCAGGCACUUUGGUACCUCGGGUUGGUCGGAGCGAUGCCUGCAGUGACAGCUUUCGUCCUGCUUAGCUACCUUAACUUGAUGUCUGAUGCCUUCUCGGAGUACUUGGAGAAUGCGGCUUUGUGCAUUUCUGCCAUGGCACUCCUUUCUCUUUGGGUGGGCGCGGCAGACUCGGUUGGAAGUCUGGGUCUUCAGCCUUUGAAAGAGGCUGGUCUACAAACAUGGGCGCCGCCCGCAUUUCUUCUGAGCACAAUAAUGUGCAUGCUCAUUGUCUACAACCUCACGCAUGUCAUCGGGACUGUGGAGCAGUCUGUCGAGCAAGACCUGCCUCUGUGUUUCCAGGUCACAUACUGGGCGCUGGUAACCCUUUGGGUUACCUCCUUUGUCCGCGUACUGCUGACAAGGCCUGGACAACCAACUGAUGCUACAGAAAUGCAUUGGUCAACCUCUCAUGGUCUGCUUUUUUGUACUGCAUGCAAAGCCCGGAAACCGCAUCGCUGUCGGCAUUGCACAAAAUGCUCGGCGUGCGUUUUGCGGAUGGACCAUCAUUGCCCUUGGCUUCGACAAUGUAUAGGCUUUGCGAACUACAAGUACUUCGUGAAUUUCAUAGUCUACUCUGCGCUGGCUUUAGCUUUUAAAGCUGUGACAAUGCUCCUGUUCAUGAUCAAGGCUUUCCAGAUGGAUACCUCUUUCUGUACGCGGCUUUGGCUGCUCUCAACUGAAGUGCUCAUCAUCGCCUUGGGAGGAACCAUGCUGCUUUUUUCAGGUUUUCAUCUCUUUCUGGUGGCGCAGGGCAUGACAACAAUCGAGUACCUGACCAGGAAUGAGAAGAGCGACAAGAAAAUAGUCUUCGAUCAAGGACUAGUGGGAAAUGUCCAAUCUGCACUUGGAUCGAACCCGCUGUCUUGGUUUCUGCCAGCCUGCCCGCCAAGCGGAGAUGGCUGCACGUUUCCUUACAUGGUGCUGUGCCAGGAGGAUGUGAAGGCAACAAAGAGAGAUUUGGCUGUGUCGGAGAUGUCGGAGUCGGACGACCAAAGAAGGAGCCUUGCUGGCUCGAUGGGCGUCGUGAAGCAGAAGAAUCCCGUCACAAAGGUCGCAAGUUACCGUGCCUCGACUUCGCAACCGUGCUUAGAGAGCACAGCAGAGCCAACUUGCAUUGAGCAGCAGCAAGAUGGCUGUGUUGCUGCCGACACGGCAGGUGAAGACCACCUGGACGAUGUGUAA